AUGCGAGCGUCAACAUCAGAAGCACCCGGAGAAAAAAUAGCAGCUACUACUACAGCUGCUAAUGCGGUGGAAAGGUCAGUAGGUGUGCCCCUACCCACUGUGAGUUGCAGUUUGUCUGGGGGAGUUGAGGAGAUGCUGCAGGCUGCUACCCCCGCCUCAGGCCUCUUGCUUUUCAGUUGGCUGUCUUCGCACUUCCGAUGCAAUAUUUUUGGCGACACCACAAAAAGCUCCUCAAUCGCUCCCCAGCACCUCUUCAGGGUUCACCCAUCUCCAGUUGUCGAGAGUCUUCUGCAGCAGCAGUUGCAGCUGGAGCAGCAGCAGCAGCCGCACAAAUGCCGCUCUCUGCAGCAAUCGCAGCCCACAGCUGCCGAUGUUAGGGACCCAUUUGCCAUGGCAAAUGCCACCACAGCUGGCGUCACUAGAAGCAGCAGUGACAGCAGCAGCAGUAACAACAGCAGUAACGGCAGCAGCAGUGACAGCACCAGCAGCAGUGACAGCGCCAACAGCAGCAGCAGUAGCAGCAACGUCAACAACAACAACAACAACAGCAACAACAACAACAACAACAACAACAACAACAACAACAACAACAACAACAACAACAACAAAAACAACAACAACAACAACAACAACAACACCAGCGGGCCCCUGGACACCUCUUGCGUGUGCGAGAGGUUGGCGGGUUUGAGUGGAGUUUGUUGGACGUGGGGCCUUGAGGAGAGGCCUCCUCCUUGCGCUUCGGCUCCUCCUGUCUCCUCUUUGAACAACUUUUGCAGGCCCUACGGUUUUACUAUUGGAAGCAAUGGAGUGUGCGACAUCUUCCCCCUGCCUAGGGACGCAACAGCGCAGCAGCAGCAAGAGCAACAACAGAACCAGCAGCAGCAGGAAGAGCAACAACAUCAACAGCAGCAGGAGACCGUACCGCCUGUUGGGCAAGUGCUGCUAUCCAUGAGGAAAGGAGACUCCAAGGGUUGGACAAGCUUCCUGCGUCUCCUUUCUGUGGUGUAUAGACAACCCGCCAAGUGUCUCCUCUUCGACAGAUGGAGAGAGCUCGAGGCCGAAGCUCAAGAACUCCUCUUCUUCCUUUGGGGACCCCCAGACGCAUGCAUGGCUGUGGACGCGGCUGCAUGCGACUUUGCCCAUUGGCGGCUGUCUGUUUCCUUCUGCGGCAACUGCAAAGCAAAACGAACCCUCGCCUUCCAAGGAUCUAUAGGUCCUUCCAGUUGCAGCAGCAACAGCGGCAGCAGGAACAGCGGCAGCAGCAAAGACGACAAAAGAGGAAGUAACGUUGAGAAUAGCACCUGCAGCAGCAGCAGCAGCAGUGGCUGUUUAUGUAGGAGUGAUGCAGAAACUAACGUUUCAGAGGGAGGCGACAACGCCAUUGUGGCUGUCUCCGCAAGCUGCAGGUGCUCUUGUUUGCGUUGCUGCUGCAUCCUGUUGCCCCCAGCUGUUCUGGAGGCUGUGACCCGCGACGACCUCCGCAUUCCACCCCAUAGCAACACCAGUAGCAGCAGCAGUAGCAGCAGCAGCAGCAAACGCGCAGACUCUGGGCGUCUGCUUCGUUUUACCGAGGAUUGGCGCUCCCCUGAGCCGUCCAGCGACGGCAGUCCCUGGCUCUCCGAGUUACCUUCCUCGGCCUCUUCCCCAGACACCUCAACCCUUAACUCGCCCUCGUCAGAUCCCUUACCCCCACCAGCAGACGCAGCAGCAGCAUCAGAACUACCACUACCAGCAGCAGCAGUAAUCUCAGAAGCAACAGCAGAACUGCCAUCAGCAGCAGGAGAAAUGCCAACAGCAGCAGCAGCGCCAAUUGCCUCUUCCCCCGCAACAGACGAGCAACUGCGUACAGGAGGAAACACAGCAACAUUUUCUGCUGCUCCCUUGAAGGGACACUCUGGUUCUGCAGCAGAUGUUGCAGUGUCAGGUCUACUGAAGUGUUUGUCUGCAUGCAUCCCACGGGCGGGGGGCCGCGUAACGCCCCUUUUAAACAGCAACUCUCUAGAUGAUGCUGCUUGGAUUGCAGCAGGAGCGAAAAACAACUCUUCUGAUUCUGCUACAUCUCAGGCGGCCUCCGCCCGCAGCCUCCUCGCCUUUGCAUGCACAGAACCAUGGGAAGUGCUUCUGUUGCUACAUGCGUCUGCUGCUGCUGCAGAUGCCUCGCAGCAACACUUGCAGGACUGUGCAGACGUGGUAUCUCCCACCGAAUUCUCCGCUUGCUCUCGUCAGCAGCAACUGCCACGAUAUCGCCUCAGGCGUCUCGCUGCUCGCCCUGGCCUGUACGAUCACCUGCAGCAUCAGCAGCUGCUGCAGUUGUCAGAGCCCAAGGACGGCCAACAGCAGUCUAUUCAGCAGCAGCAGCAACAGCAGCAGCAGAAUACCACAGGCGUGGACGUGUCAUUGUGCGUACCUCCUUGUCUGACGCUUUUGGAGACCGAGGAGCUACACAAAGGGAAAGAAUUUCGGGUGUUUGUUGCUGGUGGCGUCCCCAUCGCGGCUACGGCGGGCAGUGUGGCGGUUUGUGCAGCAGCAAAAGCAGAAUCUGCAUCAGCAACAGCAGCAGCAGCUGCUGCCUCCGCUGCUGCUGCGUCUGCAGCCUUGGGGCUUUCGGACAUCCCCGCUGCUGUUCUCUUACGAAGAGCUGCAUGCAUUAGUUCUAAAGAGGAUUUGCUGCAAAUUGCAGAAGGAGGGAAAAGCGGAGGGGUGGAAGAUUUGUUGCUUGACCUGAAGGCCGCUCACGCCGAUGCAAUCAAACGCCAGAAAAAAAAGAAAUAA